AUGCGAAUGAAAAUUGUUUACCUCGCUGUGACCUUGGGGAGAUGGGUACACCAAGGAUUCUAUCGAUUCUACCACGUGUACCUUGAAGAACAGAUGACCAGAACGACCAGGUAUUCUUGGUUAUGGCACUAUACACUAGCACUAUAUUUAUCAAUGAAUGGUUUGGUUUUAAGGAUGGUCGAACGUCAGGGGAUCAGACCGCAAUUCUUUUGUUUAUUAAAAUUCUUUAAAGGGUCACGGGGUCCGAUGGAAAAGGCCGGGAGCGCACGGGCGCUGGGUAGCGGUAAGGUUGCCGACUGCGCUGCUGUCGCUAUUUGCGCCCGCUGCCGCCCACCGCUUGCCACCCGCCCCGCCGCCCGCCCAGAGCUUUCUCUGCGCAGCGCACAAAACAAUCCUUACAGACGAAAGCUCCUAUCAAGUGACAUUAAACGAUGCACCCUUACAGGAAAUUAG